GGGGAGACAGCAAAGAACGAGAGGGAGAGAGGGAGAGAAUAGAGACGAAGAGGGCGAGACAGAAUUUGUGUGUCCCACCCCUCUCUAUCCAAAGGUAUGCAUCCAUCCAUCCAUCCGCCAGACAUAUAGCAUCACUCAUCGACAUUAUUACAUAUAGUACCAAUAUGGAAGCUGUCCAAACCUUUGGUCGUAAGAAAACCGCCACUGCUGUUGCUCACUGCAAGCGUGGACGUGGUCUCAUUCGUAUUAACGGUUCUCCCCUUGAGCUUCUUGAACCUGAGAUCUUAAAGUUCAAGGUUUACGAAGUCAUCCUUCUCUUGGGUGAAGAACGUUUCGCCAACGUUGACAUCAGAAUCCGUACCCACGGUGGUGGUCACGUUUCUCAAGUUUAUGCUAUCCGUCAAGCUCUUGCUAAGGCUAUUGUUGCCUUCUACCAAAAGUACGUUGAUGAAGCUGCCAAGAAGGAAAUCAAGGAGAUCCUCGUUCAAUAUGACCGUACUCUUCUUGUUGCCGAUCCUCGUCGUUGUGAACCCAAGAAGUUUGCCGGUCCUGGUGCCCGUGCCCGUUACCAAAAGUCUUACCGUUAAGACAGCAUCAUUUGUUUUGUGUUUGGGAA